GUAUCAUUCCGCUUAAAAUGCUUAAAUAACUUUACAGCUGCAUCAAACGCAAGUGAAGAUCGGAAUCAGAGCAGAGGAGCAGAAGUUCCGUCAGGGCUCCGAAGACGCAAUCGAACAGCACGAUCGCAAGCAUCUUCCAAUGGAAAUACUUCGCAAGGGCCCGAGGACCGAAGCAGGGAAAACGGGAGAGGGCCCGGUGCCUUACAGAACCAUACAUGGUUUCUUGGGAGGAAUUGGAAGGGGGUCAUGGUCUGCCGUCUGGAUUCGGAGCCUUGGGAAAUACGAGACGUGACUCACUACCCAGACAGCCGAGAUAUGGACUUCCGUCGCUCCUUCACUGCGAUAGCAGGGAAGCUGUACGUAUCGGGAUGCGAUGAAAUGAAGAUCUACGACCUAACAGGGAAUACAUGGAAGAAAGGGAAAAAACCUUUAAAUUAUGCGGAAUGGCAGGCGUCCGCAGCCUCCUCCUCGUCCCUGUUCAACUGCGGAGGCUGCGAAUACAGCGACAAUUUACUCUAUUCCAACUAUUAUACAUCGACGCUCGUGGCUCAACAGUGGGUCUUUCGGUACGACACGGUGAAGGAUGAGUGGUCUCGUCUGAGGGACAUGAAGCAUGCCAGAUUGGAAGCCGGUGCGAUACAUCUCCAGAGCUCGAAUGUCCUGCACGUGAUUGGAGGGGCGCAGAACUUGCUUCAAUUCCCCUUCAUCGGUCGACUGCGUCGUCGCUCGGAUCGUCACGAGCGGCUGGAUCUCCGGACGUCGUCGUGGGAGGAGCUGAAGGAGCUGCCGAAGGGGAGGGCGUCUCCUGCCCUGGCUUUUCACAAGGAAAUGAUUGUAAUGGCUGGAGGGAAAGACAAGUUUGACUCCCCUAAUAAUAAUGUGUGGGGGUACGAUAUCAGGAUGGAUUCUUGGAGGGAAAUGCCCAGCAUGAAGAAAUGUCGACACAGGCAUGGCCUGAUAUCCUUGGGGGAGAACCUAUACGCUAUUGGGGGGAAAGGUGAAGCUUCCAUGGAAGUUUUCGAUGGAAGGAGCUGGGAAAAUGUCCCUGUUACUCAUGAUGACUUCAACGAUUGUAUGCAUGGUUGCCAAAUGAUUUCUGCCGAGUGA